AUGAGCGACUCUGCCUCUUUUUGGGCUGCGAAGUCCAAUGGCGUGAAAUCGCCUCCUAGGCAACCGAGAAUCGCGCAACGCGACGCACCAAAGAGGAGCACUGCAGUUCUGAAAAGCAGCUCGAACGGCGUCAAGAAAGCCAAUUGGGCCGACAGUGAUGAUGAAGAGGAAUUCCUUGCAUCGUUCACCUCAUCCACACGCAUUGGAGAACUAGAAAAGACCAUCGCCGCCAAGAACGCUUUGUUAACAGAUCUUGAGACUUCGCUACAAGAGAAGUAUAUCCGCAUCAUCGAGCUUGGGGCCACCCUCGAGGAACAACAGCUUCGCCUUACCGAGCUUCAGGGUGUCGUAGAUGCUUCUGCUGCUCAGAUUGAGGAGUUGAAAAAGGAGAACCACAAGCAGUUUCUCCAUGUGCAGAAAUUGGUUGCAGACGUGGAUGAGAAGGACCGCCGCAUCUCUGCCCUCGAGACCGAGGUCGAUGAGCAUUGCGCAACAAUCGCCGAGUUCAGUGUGGGUGACAACUCCACUCAGGCUUCUUCGAACGAAGCCUCUGAGAUUCUUCAGAUUGGUCCGACGGACGAUAAAUCAUAUAAAACCGAGAAUAAGGACAAAGAGGUUCUGUCGUCUGAGCAUAUGGUGCAGCAGAAGAUCAAGGAGGUUGAUCUCAACGGUACUUCAGGUAUCCCUUCUACUAAGACCACUCCCUUGAAGGCGAAAGGCCCUACGGUGAACCUCUCCGGAUUCCCGAUCUUUUCCACUCCAGCCACUGUCAAGCAGGUUGCACCACCACCUCCUGCACCCAAGCUCAGGAUGCCUGUCGACCUGACGAAGUUCGCGAAGAAACCAGUCACCAAGACACCUGCAUCAAAGACAACAGUCAAAGCUGUGUCGGCCAACGCUGCUGAGGACGGACCAGCGCCUAAGAUGAAUCCCUCAGCCGAUAUUCGAACAAAGAGUCUUGCAGAGCGCUCCCUUUUUGCAAAUGGACCCAAGGUUGUGGUCAAGAUGGGCGAGACCUAUCUGGCUACAGUGCCGAAGUAUAUCCUUAUGCAAUGCUCAUCGAAGGCAUUCAGGCACCUCUCGGACAACCCGGAUGCCACCUCCUUCAGUCUUCCGGAUGGUUCGAUGGACGUUACUGCUGCGACAGCACACUUGACCUGGAUGAAGGAGAUGACGUUCCAAGGUCGUGUGUACUCCAUUACUCUCCACUCCGACGAGAAAUUCGAUGACAAGAAUCUCCAGAUUUGUCGUGCUGCACGUGUCCUUGGUCUCCAUAGCAUGUAUGUCGGCCACUUUACCAAGAUUUUCUGCGAUCGUAUUCGCUCUAACAACGCUGUCGACGGAUUCUUGCGCAAGGUAGUCGCCGCCGCGUACCCCGAUAAUGACCCUAUCUACGACUGUCUUGCGAACAAUCUCGCCAAUCUUCGUCUGCGUAAGACGAUCGAAAACCCGGCUGAGCUUGAAGCUCUUCUGCAGCAGAACGAGGGUCUAAAGAUCAAGGUGGAGAAGAUUGAAGAGCGGAUGCGGCAGAAGCAGAACGGCGCGAAGCCUGCAAAGGCUCCGAAGGUCGUUCGUGUCGGUAAGAGCAUGGGUGUGUAGAGACCAUAGGCCAUGGAUCACGAUGGAUCUAUGGCUCUCGCAGGCCACGCCCGAACAUGUUUUGAGCAUCUACGCUGCAUGUCGUCUCAGCUGAUGCAUCACAUUUUUCUGAUGUCUGGCUUUGGACGUCGUAGUAUAUGCAUUGCAAGGAAGUGCGAACACUGUGAAAGGAGCCAUCUCUGUUCCCCUCUCGGAAAAAACAAGAAGUACUAGAUAGC